CACGCAGUGUUACAGUCUCCGGACAACUACAUUAGUUAUUUGUGUAUUAAAGAAGUAGAUCCUACCUUCCACCAUGAAGACUUUUAUUUUUCUGUCUCUCCUGGGAAUAGGUCUACACACCGCGACGGCAGUGACUCACUCUCUGAAGUAUUUCUACACUGCGUCCUCUCAAGUCCCAAACUUCCCAGAGUUUGUGAUUGUCGGGAUGGUUGAUGAUGUUCAGAUAAGUUACUAUGACAGCAACACCAGGAAGGCAGAAGCCAAACAGGACUGGAUGAAGAAAGUCACAGCAGAUAAUCCACUGUACUGGCAGAAGCAGACUGAGACCUGUGUGAAUGACCAGCAGGUCUUCAAAGCCAGCAUUGAAACUCUAAAGCAGCGCUUCAACCAAA